CGGAAAUUGUGAAUUGACGUCAGAUCCGUGCAAUCCAUCACCAACCUUUCUCCACAUGUGGAAUCAUGUCGAAGGCCAGCAAACAAAAGCGAGCGAAAAGACUUUUCCGAGGAAAACAAAAGGGCAACGAUGGACAACAGACUGAUGCUCAAGGAGGGAAAAUAAAUUCAGAGCUGUCCAUUGCACGCCAUCUCAAAGAGUAUGGAAAACCAGAAGAAGUCCGGAAGAAAAGGCUUCAGGAGCUCCAAGAAAAGCAGAGGUUGUCAAGAGAACGGGAGCUGAUGAAGAGGAGAAGUCUGGACAGUUUUCAGAGAGAUAUUCUUCAGCGACAAAGAGAGUUUGAGCAGAGGGAAACUGAGAUGCGGAGUUUAGAGAAGCAUGUCCAUUUUGAAAAUGAGAAUUCAAGAAAGGCGUACUACAGGGAAUUCAAAAAGGUGGUUGAGGCCUCUGAUGUGAUUCUGGAGGUUCUGGAUGCCCGUGACCCUCUUGGCUGCCGUUGUCCUCAGGUGGAGCAGGCUGUUAUUCAAAGCGGCGCUGACAAGAAAAUAGUCCUAGUGCUUAACAAGAUUGACCUGGUGUCCAAGGAGAUUGUGGAGAAAUGGAUCAAGUAUCUUCGCAAUGAAUUUCCCACUGUGGCUUUCAAAGCCUCAACGCAGCAACAGAACAAGAAUUUGAAGCGAAGCAAUGUACCGGUUACCCAGGCCACCGCUGAGCUCCUGUGUAGCAGUGCCUGUGUGGGCGCGGAAUGCCUGAUGAAACUAUUGGGGAACUACUGCCGCAACCUAGACAUUAAGACAGCCAUCACUGUUGGUGUGGUUGGGUUUCCCAAUGUUGGAAAGAGCAGUCUGAUAAACAGUUUGAAGCGGGCACGUGCAUGCAAUAUUGGAGCCACUCCUGGCGUAACCAAGUGCCUUCAGGAAAUACACUUGGACAAGCACAUCAAGCUUUUAGAUUGUCCUGGCAUUGUCAUGGCAACCUCGACAACUGACGCGGCCAUGAUCCUUCGGAAUUGUGUAAAGAUUGAGCAGCUUGUAGACACUCUACCUCCAAUCGAAGCCAUCUUAAGACGCUGCAAUAAGACACAGAUCAUGGAACACUAUGGUGUUCCAGACUUCCACACAGCUCUAGAGUUUCUGGCUUUGUUGGCACGGCGACAGGGCAAGUUGAGGAAGGGAGGAGUGCCUGAUAAUGACAAGGCGGCAAAGAGUGUCCUAAUGGACUGGACAGGGGGUAGGAUCAGCUACUUUACACACCCCCCGGAGACGCACACUCUUCCCACUCAUGUCAGUGCUGAGAUUGUGGCAGAGAUGGGCAAAGCUUUCGACUGGGAGGAACUAGAGAAGGGAAACCAGGAAGUGCUAGCUGUGUCGUCUUGCACUGAUGUCCAAAUGGGUUUCUGCAUGGCAACUGCUGGGAUGACUCAGGGUGGUCAAGAAGAACCACCUUGUGACCUGGAAAUGGAAGGUGGAGCUUUGGAUGAAGUUGAGUCCAAGGAUGAAACUGAAUCCAUGGAUGAUGAUCAGGACCCUGAGUUUGGACCUAUGACUGUGGAGAUGAAAGCGCCAAGGGCAAAGAGUGGUGGUUCAGUUGAUGCUGCUGCCCCCAGGACCCUCGAUUUAAAGGAUAUCUUGAAUGUAGACCCUCUUCAGCAGGGCCAAGCACUCAUGGCUGCUGGGAAGAAGAGGAAGAAGCAACAGAAAAGAGCUGACAAAAUUGCUACCAAACUCUCAGACAGCCUGACGACGGCAAUGAACUUUGCAUUUUCUGAUGGAUGAAAAAUAAAAGUUAAUCUAAGA